AUGAUGGACCUGUUUGCAUCUCACUACGACAUGAAGGAACACUUUGUCACCUGGGCCAGCGGGGACCUGCUAUCUCUCAUCAACAUCUGCAAAAAGUACGAGGCCUAUAUAAACCUCUCUGCUCACGACCCUAUAGCAAAAAUUGUUCAAGCCGUGAGCGACGGCCGGGACCCUCCCUUCUCCAAACAAAUGGUGGAAAGCGCCAAGGCAGCAAAAACCUCCUACACUUUUAGGGUGGAGCACCGCUUCCUCAUCACCGAGAGAAACUUGGUGUACUGCAGCAUCACGCACGCGCCUGUGCCCCAGCGGCUGGCACUGCGGCAGCGGGCGGAGACAAAGGACGGGCAGCGGGUGCUGUCGGUGCUGCUGCGCUACGCAGCCCCCGAACGCCAAGACCUGCGGCAGCAGCUAGCUGAGUGUCUCCGUUUGAGUCCCCCUUUGACAGCAGGGUCUCCUGAGCAGCUAGCUGCGCAGCUAGCUGCUGUGGCUAGCCACAUGGCUAGCCAGGAGCCCCCGGACUUUGCUGCUGCUGCGCUGCUGUCUUCCUGCUGCAGCAGCAUCAGCAGCGGCGCCCUCAGCACGCCCCAAGCUGCUGCUGCAUGCAUGCGCUGGAUUGCAGAAGGCAUUCUCGCCAGAAAGAAACACAGAAACUACCUGCGACAGAUCCAGAGGCACCUGGACACAAUUCAAAACUUGCAAAGAGAAUAUGACAUUGGCCUUCGCAACCGAAUGGAGACACUUAAAGAGGCGGCGGAGGUUGCGGAGACCCUCACUGUGGAGCAGCCCAUAGAACUCGCCGCCAGACGCUACAACUUUACCCUCGCCUUCCCGUCGCUGCGGAGAAAACAGCCCGAGAAGCAGGAAAACUUGGGUGUCUCCUUGACGUUUAAAUAUUCUGUUUUGCUGCAGCGAGAGGUGCUGGUGGGGGCCGCGGCGUCGCUGGCCCCCGAACAACUCGUGGAAACCUUCGUGAGCUUUUUGCUGCUGCCCGGAGAGGGCUGGAGGGUCUCUGCGACUUUGCGCAGCGCGCGGGGCGAAAGGCUUUUGGGGCAAGAAGAACUUAGCGCAGAAAGGGUUUUGUUUUUGAGGAGACAAAACAACAAGUGUCUCUUCGGCCUCAUCAAAACCCCCGCAGAGCCCCAGGGGCUCUUCACCGCCAACGCCCUCCACUUCGUCCAGGCCCUCCAGGAAAUGCGCUGCUCCUGA